AUGUCUGCGCCGCCCGAUCCUGCCCCCAUCCCGCUGUUCUGGAGGCACCGACGACACCCGCCAGUCCUCACCAAAGACUCUUCCACGUUGCGUAGACUUUAUGUGCGGCAAGCCGUGUCGUCAUCCUCGUCAUCCUCCUCAUCAACUACCUCAUCAACUACCUCAUCAACUACCUCAUCAACUACUUCAUCAACUUCCUCAUAUACCCGCGGAGCCAAUGGAUGCGUCGUGUGUCCGACAACUGCACCCUCAUGUCCGGUAUGCCCGAGCGGUCAGGUAUGCUCACUCUCGCUACAGUCCUGUGACACUUGUCCCGAGGUUUCUUGUGUCGAUGAAUCCAUUGUGACUAGUGGAAUCUCCGGACCAAAGUCAACCUCUUCCGCCUCUUCAUCCCAAACCUCACCAGCAUCAUCAUCUUCUGCAAUAUCGUCAGCUGCUACCCCUGCAACUAAAGAUAACUCCAUGAUUGGGCCUAUUAUCGGUGCAACCGUAGGCGGCGUAGCUUUAGCAUCAUUCUUUGCCUUUUUCUUCUUUUGGUGGUUGCGUCGCCGUAAACUAGCUACUGCAGCUGCACAAGCUUCUUCCCCUACCAAUACUGGCAACGAAGAUUUCACAGAAAAGUCUCCCAUCGAUAAACGUCGUCUGCGUCGGCGCGCCACAGGAGAUCCAGCUGCUCCUCCAGGGCUUUCAGCAACAAGCCCAUUCGACGAAAAGAUGCCCGGGUUUGCGUCUUUUGCAACAGAUAGCGUUGAUACCAGUGCCCUAGCUGGCUUCCCAUUAGCUCCCUCUGUGGGUCCCAACCCAUAUGCUGCUACAAAGGACCAAAACCAACCGAUACUAAGCCCAAUCGGGUUUGGCCCAGAAGGCCCCAGAGCUCCAGAUGGUUCUGGCGGAGGAAGCGCUGCGGCUGCAGCUGCCGCUGCUAAUAGUGGAUUUGGUGGUGGCAGCAGCACUUUUGGAAUGUCCCGCGUAUCCCGGACUUCGACAGGUGGUCCUACCGGGUUUGCCAAUGGUGCAUAUGUCACAUCACUGGUAGAUGACGGGCCUCAUAGUUAUGUGCAACAGCAACAACAGCAACAACCCCCGACGUUUGUGGACACUUUUAUAAUGGACCAGCAACUGGCAGCCGAUGCACCACUAUUUGAACACCGGUCUCGAAAGAAAACUGGCGCAAUUGCCAACCCCAAGUUCCUUGAGCCUGCAACCGCAGGAACAAACAUAUCACGAAGCCCUUCAACUCUGCACGAACAGCAGCGCAAUACUUUGCGACAGAUGCAGAUGCUCGAGCAAGCACAACUGGCAAACUCGGCUGCCCACCGCCAAAAAACUGCAGCAACGACAACAACAGCUGUAGCAGCAGCUGCUGCUGCAGGUGGUGCAGGGCCCACUGCUCAUGCCCAACUCCAGGCCCAUGCAACAGCCGCGCAGCGUAAGCUUGAUGAAUAUGAUGCUGCUGCACGAGCAGCCGCGGCCAAAGAAUCUGAAAGUACACGAAUGUUUGCAAUUAAACCGCCAUUUCUUAGUUUCCCCAAGCCUCUUGGAGGCUCUUCUUUUGGUGAAGAUACUAAUAACAAACCCAUGAGUAGCAUUGUGUCUCUGCCGGUGCAUGAGCAGCUGCGCCGGAUUGGUGCACAAGAAGAUGCAUUUGCACAACAGGUUCAGGCCACGCGCGAACGACAAGUUGCUCGACAAGCACAAGAUGAGCUUGAGCGCGAAAAGAUGUUUGGGCCUGCAGAAGUUUACCAUAGCAUUUCGUCGGAAGAAAUCAUUGACGAUUAUCUCCCAGAACCGUCUGGUGGUGCUAGCAGUGUCGGGCCACCACUUGCUGCGGCAGUUCCCGAACGUACACAACUGCAACAAGGCCUAGCAACUAGCCAAGCCUUAAACACUAAACUUAAUAGUAUCCGCCAAGACCCCGCAGCUUCGCACAUUAUUCCCAUCGCCUAUAUUCCGGGCGUCACGUCCCGGCCAACAGACCCGCGCACCGUCGCAGGUAUGGCACACGUCCCGGGAUCCCACCUCCCACGAGCCACAGGCCCAUCUAUGUCUCUGGUGGCCCAGUCACCAAUCGAUAUCCAGUUUAAUAAUACCCUGGCACCAAUUCCCGCCCAAAUACCCCCAUCAAUACCCGUGCAUAUCCACCCCUCAGCCACAACUCCAUCACAAGUCCCGGUCCCAGUACCAACACAAGCACAAACACAAACACAAGCACAAGCACAAGCACAAGCACAAACACAAACACAAAUACAAGCCACAGUCCCAAUCUUAGAAAAAACACCGUCGCAGAUUUCAACGCAACCUCCUUUUGCUGCUGCUGCUGAAGCAAAAACUGCUGCUCAAUCACGUAUCACAAGCGGAUCAUCGUCCUUCUCGUACCAACCUAUUUAUACAACACGCAGUAGUAGCAGCGGCAGUGCUGGUGGCUCACAGCGCCACGUCUCAGGUACAAGUAGUGCGUACCGAUCGGGAGCAUUGCCCCCAGUAUUACCACUGAAUACCAGUGUCAUAGCUGCCGCAUCAUCUUUGACGUCGUCAGUGCGGUCGACGGGUUCGUCGUCUUUGUCUCCUAGUCAAUAUAUGACCCCGGGACGCGGUGCCAUCAUGCCACUUUCCGAGUCAGAAUCCGACUCCACAUCUUCUUCUUCCUCUUCCGAUGAUGAUGAUGAUGAUGAUGACGAUGAUGAUGAUGAUGAGUACUACGAUGAUGCAGAUGAGAAUCCCAAUAGUAACCGCAACAAUAAUAAGAAUAAUAAUAAUCUGAAGAUGAUGAUGACAAUGCCAAAGUCUAUGGCCAUGAUGAAUAAUCCUCAAUACAUAAAUACACGGCCGGGCAACUCGGUGGCACCACCACACCAACACCAACACCAACACGUAACAGUCUCUACUUCAGCUACUGCAUCAAGUAUAUACUCGGCCGGCAACUCAUCAGAUGAGUACUAUUCAACAUUGCCAGCCGCUGCCUCGACAACUCACUCGGUAGGAGGCAUUGUAGACCCGGCAGUUAUGUACGCUAAUGUUUCGCAAACUCCGUCUGCAAUAUCAGCAUAUACUACUUCUGGAUCUGGAUCUGCAAUAGCUUUACACCAGCACCGUCAUAACCAUCAUCAUCAUCAUAAGCGUGGAUCGUCGUCCAGUGCUGCAUUCUCAAUGCCUGUGAGCAUUCGGCAUUUCGAUGGACUUGCAGAUGACGAUGAUGAGGAAGAUGAAGAGGAAAAUAAAGCUGUGGCCAGGACCCAAAUGCAUUCAGGGUCAGCAGCACUCUCACUUUCUGAGCGUGUCUCACGCCAGUCGUUGCGCUCACGGAUCUCUGCGUCAUCAUUGUUGGCGCGUACCAGGAGUACUGUUAGACAUGCUACUGCUACAGUUACUGGACUAGAACAACAACCACAAAAACAAAAACAAAGAAAACAACAGCAACAGCAACAGCAACAGCAACAGUUACAACAACAACAACAACAACAACAACAAGCAGAUUCAGUGGCUCCGGCUCCACGCCGUACACAGAUCCCGCCUCCGCCCAUUGUUUUACUACAUGAUCAGAAACAAUCUCGCGCCCACCAAGAUCUUGCGCAAGCCGCACCGCAACCGCAACAACAACAACAACAAGCGCAAUUCCAACCGCAACAGGCUGGCGCCCCGCCACUCGAAGCAACCUCACUUAGCACUCAUAGACCUGUGUCGCGGUUUGAUCCAGGAAGAAAAGCCUUUGGUAGCUCGAAGGGAGGAGCUGCUAACAGCAGUCUGCCAAUGGUAGCGGCCACAUCUAAGGAAGGAUCCUCUGGAUCUUCAUCGUCAUCAUCGCACGUCUCGAGUUUCCUGGAAGGCGUGGCAUAUCCUGUUUUUGACGAGUCGGUGGAUAGCAUAUCUUAUGUGCGUCGCAAAACGGGUCGCUAA